AUGGCACAGCCGCGCAAGAAAGACAGGAUGGGACCGCCACUCACUACGUCCAGUGUGUCCAGUGUGUCCACUGCGCCGACGCCAUCCAGCACCUUGUAUCGCAACGGGCGCCAGCGUGGUACGUUGGGGGCCGAAGCAUUGCUGCGUUCGAGACUUGAGCAUCGUUCCAGGACUGCUUGCCAAUCCAGCACCACGUCUAGUCUCGGUGUUCCUGGGAUCCAUACUCCAGCAGAGUCAGUCGCAACACUGAGAUCGUCGGCCUCGGAAACUCUCGGCUCGCGAGAAGUGACUGGUUCCACAAUCUGCUUGAAUCCUUUACAAGAGUGGAAGGGGUCUCAUGGUGACAGGCAUGAGGUUGCCAGUAGAACGACCUCUGUUUCCUCCGUUGGCACCUCGAGUUGUGCCCACACAAGGCUUCUCCAGCAGUUGCGAGACCUCAGGGAAGAUAAUGAACGGUUGCGCACUCAAAACAACAUCCUCCAACGCGAGGCCGGUAGGCCAGCCUUGACAGACGAAGAAGAAGGACGUAGGCUCAGCCAGCUCACGAGGGAGGAGCGCACAGCAACUGCCAAUGCGCCACGCAGAUCUACGGCAGGGCUGUUCAAGUCCGUAUGUUCCAUCGAUUUGUUGUUCCUCAUCGACACCACAAAGUCCAUGCGUCCAUACAUUGAGAGUGCAAAGUCUCAGGUCAGGAGCAUUCUAGACGACAUCAACCGUUUCUUCCUCAAUCAAGCCGAAGUCAGAGCCGCCGUUGUAGGCUACAAAGACCACGAAGCUGUUCCCAAGAUCGAAUUCCUAGACUUUACUCGCUCAGUUAAGAAAGUCCGAUCCUUCCUCAAUACACUGAACGCUUCCGCCUUUGCAGGGGAUGACUUUGCCGAGGAUGUUCUUGGGGCACUACACCAAGCGCUCGCGGCGACUUGGAAGCACCAGACACGAGUUGUCCUUCACAUCGCCGAUGCCCCGCCUCACGGCCGCACACUUCAUGACCUCUCCGACAAGCGGGACCGCUAUCCCAACCCGGGCAGUGAGCCUCACGGAUUGACCUAUCAGCCGAUACUCAAGCGCAUGCUUGAUACAAGAAUCAACUACGUUCUUCUUCGCAUCAAAAAAUCCACAGAUCGCAUGGCCUUGCAAUUUUUGAAAGAGUACGCCAGGGCCGGGAGCGACUGUAUGCUAAGUGAGAAGAACAGAUACUAUAGCGAAGCUGGUGGCACCAAGAACAGCGAUGGCAGGCCGAACGGCGGCUUGGUGUUCCGGGAGGCUGAGUUAGGUCUCACAUUCGCCGCACUACAGCGUCUCGUCGUCGAGGCCGUCACUACUUCGGUGAUGAGUAGUACUGUAAGAUCUUUGACACCGUUCGGAAGCAUCAAAAGGGCGCCGGGCGGAACUAGCAGUCAGAGAGUGAACUACUCUGGACUUGGAUCCACUCAGGAGAAUGAAGAGCUUCCCGUACGCCGGCCUGACGUUAGGCUGGAAAAAAGCAGCCCGCAAUGGGGUAACCUGGAGUGGUUUGAUGAGUGUCUCGUUGUGGAGGGCUUUUCGAUCGAUGCCACUGUCACUGCUGCCUUGGACGACGGCUUCGCCCUCGGCACUAGCAUGCUCGACCGCAUGAUGGAAUCCGAUACGAACAUGACAGUCAGCGUCUUUGGGCUCAAUCUUCGCAAACGGAGAACUCCUUUUGCUAAAGGAGCCUUGCGGUUGGCCUCAUUUGCCUGCACCGAGUAUUCGAGAAGCCGUUACGUGGUGAAGGAGUUCAAGACUGAUGGUGAUAACGAGGACGACGGUUCACACAACCGCAGCCUCGCCCAUCUUGUUGAGGACAUGCGCUCGCAAGCCCUUUGUAAGGCCUUUGCGGUCGAAUUCAACUCCCUCUUGGCUGACUGUCCCGAACACAAUAUCGACUUUGUCGUCACGUCCUGCUUCAAGUGCAAUGACAGGCGUGGGAGUAAAGGCAAGUGCAUGUCCAUCGAGCCCUUCCUUGCCGGCAAGUUUGUCAAGUAUAACGGCAACGCGGGAUACGCCAACAAAGAGGCCAAUCUCGCCCAUGACCCUUCCAACCAGGCUGCUCAGGCGUUUUCACACUUUACGUUCGAGCGCUCGCGCGGCCGGUUCCUGGUUUGCGACCUGCAGGGCGUGGGCAAGACCAUGACGGACCCGGCUGUCCACACACUCGACCCGUACCGGUUCUCACUGUCACAGACCAAUCUCGGUGCUGAAGGGUUCAUGUUCUUUUUUGCUUAUCACGAGUGCAACCACCUUUGCCGCCGGCUCUCGCUGAGGAGCAGCGCGACGAUGUUCAUGGGUGAUGGCGAGAAGAUGCAGUUCAGGGAUUCUUGGCCUAGUCCGGGCUUGGGCAACCGUCUUUACGGUGACGAGGCAGUGGUUUGCUGCUCAAACAAGCUGUGUGGGAGGAUCUUGAAGCGAUUCCAGGCGGUGACCUCGAAGCAUCCAAGUUUUCCUGGGUACCGUUGGUGCGACGAGUGUUUGCCGCAGUUGGGCGACUUUAAUGUGAUUCGGUUAUGUUGGCCUGUGGGUGAGCAGCGCCAUCGGUUUGAGGUUUCGGGAUUCUUUUAUGAGUCCCAAGGCAAAAGGAUACCUCUGAGAUGCCCCAAGCAUGACAAGUAG